UCUCUCAAGUGCCUCAAGAAGAAAUUUAUGAGGGUCAGAAAGGAGAAUUAGGAAUCGGAACUUAAAAGUGGAGAAGUAUAUUAAUAUUCAGACACCGCGUUUACACCUCAGAUAAGUUUGACAUUUGGAAGAGUGAUUUCGAUUUACCAACAAUGGGAAAGUUUCCGUACGGCAGCAUUUUAAGAAUAUCCGUUCCACUUAUUGCAACUUGUGGCUUGGGCGUAUCAAUAUUUUCAAUUUGCUAUCAACUUCAAUUUGUUAAAUGGCUCAAGGAAGAAAUCCACGCCAAAGAUUCUCCUUACAUUACAGAUCCCUUUGAAGCGUUCUAUAAAUUGAGCCAAACCUACAUCACUUUCAAAGCAAUCACAUUGUUGGUCAACUUGUUACUGGUGAUAUCCUUUGUCUUGAAGAACCAAUACAUGGCAAUAACCUGGCUUGCGUGGGGUAUCAUCGACGUUCUCUUCAUGUUGACACUUCUGUUAUUCUGCAUUUCUGAAUGGAAACUGCAACACCGUUACUUGGUUGGGAUACUCGCCUGGAGUGUGAUAAAGAUAUUUUUCAUCUUCGUUGUUUGUGCAUAUAUUGCGCUCCUUCGUAAAGAACCCUCAGCUCAAGAUAUGAAAUGGAAUUCUGGAUUAGGAUAUACUUCCCAAUACGCAUUGCCACAAGAGACAACACAAGCUGACUAAAAAAUCCCUCUGCAUGCGCAGUACCAGACAAAGCUAGUGUGACGUCACAUUAUACUUACUUAAGGAUCAAGGCGAAAGUACACGGUGAAAGUUCUCAGCACUCACCGAGGUUUCUGUGACAUCUUUGGGUCUUGCUUGACGUCACGGCCGCUGGUGAUGUUUUGUUUCACCUGGACAAAAUAAAUAGGGCACGAUGCUCUUUUUAGUUAGUUUCAAAAGUAGCGUUGGAGACAACUUAUUGCACGGCGUUUCCUAAAGAGUUAGAAGGCUAGAAUACGGUAGUCAAUUUAGGAUACUGACUGAUGAAUGUUAGGACUCUAUAUGUGGCUUGGAAGAAUAACAUCAAUGUUAAUAGCCCCAAAUUAUGUUACCAAAAGCUUAUGUAUUGUUACUGAUGGCGACUUAGUUGGUAAAGCGACUGAUUUGUUUGUAGAAUGCUGUGGAUGUUAUAGACCUCACUGUGCAAAACAUCCAAAAGAUCUCAAUUUAUUUCAAAAGAACUAAUCACUGCAAACUUCCCUUUACUUUUAACUGCCUCCGGUUAGCUCAAUUGGUUGAGCGUCGGACUGUUGUGUGGGAGGUCGAGGGUUCAAGUCCCGGCCGGACCAACACUCAAGGCCUUAAAAUAACUGAGGAGAAUGUGCUACCUUUCUAUAACAUCAAGAAAUGUCUUAUUCGCAGAGACAAAAAUCUCGUUUGUCAUAGUGCAUAACGCACCCAGAAAUAAGGGAGGAAGGAAAUAAAUUUGGCAUGGAUA